CUCUUCCAGUAAAAGGCCGUGAGGUUUUUAUUGUCCUCUCAGUUAUCUGAGGUUCUCUGUGGCUUCCUGCUGGGAGGUGAAGUUUGCACAGUGUUUGGCAGUAACUGCCCUUUGGACAUCAGAGACAAUAAUUGGGCCGAGGAUUUUUUUUUAUUGGAUUUCGUUUUUCUUACAGGAUGUCCAUGACCAUAAACAAAGGUGAAGGGGUCACGGUGAUCACCCUGAACUCCGACCCCACCAGUUCCUGCCCCGCCAUCUGCCAGAUCUUCAAAGGUCUUUGCUACAGCCCGAUAUUAUGCUCUGUAUCUCAGCCUCUGAAGAAGAAGGCGUCUCUGUCCGUCCUCGGGGCCAUGCAGAUCAUGAUCGGACUCCUAAACAUCGGCCCUGGAUUAAUCCUUCGCAAUAGUCGGUUCACUCCCUGGUCUCUAAAUAGGACCGAGUUUUCUUCUUGGUUGGGAGCAUUGUUCAUUGCAUUUGGCUUCAUGUGCAUUUUGUCGGAGAGGUUUCCAAGUCUCUGUCUGGUGUUCUUUAACAUAAUCCUGAGCGUAGCAGGAGUUGCUUUCUCCAUCACGGCCAUCGUGCUCUACAGCAUCUACAUAGCAGCCAUCGACCCCUGGUGGUGUAAUUCUCAGUACUACGGCUCAUCGACCACGACCCCAAAGACCAAAACUCGGCUGGACGAGAUAUGCGAGGAGAGCCAACAGCUGGUGCUGGUCCUCCUGAGGGGUCUGAACGUGAUGCUGAUCGUGUUGUCAGUCCUGGAGCUCUGCGUGACCAUCAGCGCCACCAUCCUGGAGAUCAAAGCUCUGAAGAGCAUCAGGAUGAGACAAAACCAGGGUCUGCUCCUUUAGACACCCGAGAACGAACACAACCCGACUAGCCUGACAUCUGCCAAUCAAGAUUCAAUCGGAUUAAAUGUGUUGGAUAAAAACAACUUUAUUUUACAAAUUCACAACAUUAAAAUACAAUUUUGAAUGAGUGUAUUUUGGCAGAAUUUUACAUAUUUUUGAAUGAUGAUUUUAUUCUCACAUUUCUUAAAACAAAGUUUUAAGAUAAAAAAAAAAUCACAUUUCUUUUGCUGCUUUUAAUAACAGUAAGGACUUUAAUGUUUCAUGAGCUACACUGAGUAAAAAUCCACGUGAAACUGC